ACACCGUGAGACAUCACUUGAUCAGUUUUAAUGGCAGCACAGGAGAGAAACUUUGAUUCACAGUUAAUAGUGAAAGGGGUCUUGAUUGACAGUGAACCGAGUGUUUGUGGGGAAGUGCAAUUUGAUGAAAACUACCACCAAUACAACUGGUUCUCAGUCUGUGCUUAGAACAAUCCUUCAAGAAGAUAUUGAUAUUUGACUGAAUUUAUAGUUAUUCUUUAAGCUGGUGUGUGAUGUGACGAGUCUCUUAUUGAUGAAUUAGCUGUGAUCAGGAACUGUGUUCACUCUGACUGAACAGGAUGGAGAUAUGUCAUGACCAAUCUACGGAUGCAGGAAACUGGAGUGAGUUGCCAGAGGUAUCCCUGAGGCAGGUGUUCCGAUGGCUUGGGGAUCAAGACAGGGUCCGGGCAGCACUGGUAUGCAAAUGCUGGAACCACGUGAUGCAUUCACCUGCUUUGUGGAGAUCCAGAACGUUCACCUUCUGCGGGAGGCCGUCUAAGUACCGUCGGGCUGAGUACGAGUCAGCCAUCUGGUACGCCAAGAAGUUCGGCAGAUAUCUGGUAAACUGCGAGAUUAAGUUCAUGAAUCCGUACAACUCUCUUCUGACACGGAGAUUCCAAAUAACAAUGAGGAGUUUCCUGGCGCGUUUGGGAAAUGAAAAUAACAGAUUAAAGUCAUUCACCAUCCAACAUUUGGAAUUGGAUCGCCUUGUGUGGAGUUCGUCCGUUAGGAAUGCCUUCCUAAAGAGUCUGAACUUCUUCCUCCGACGUGAGUGCAGACAUCUUCAGUCCUUCAACCUGAGGGGGGCGCGGUUAGGCAUAGAACAGGGCUUUUCCAUCUUAAACUCGCUGAUCCACCAGAGGAACAGGAGCUCCAUCGCUGAGCUCAACAUCGAAGAUUUCUUCAGCCAUCACCUAGCCAUCUACGCCAACCCCACCUUCCCUAAGAUUAUUCGCAGCUUCUGCAAUCUGAACAGCCUUUCGAUCAACUACAACUGCAUCUCUGAUGACCUCCUGGACACCCUGUGUGAAAGCUGCUACCAGACCCUCAGGACCAUGAACAUUAAAUGCCAUAUCCACGAUCCUCACAAUCAGGUUGUGUGGGGGCUUUCCUGGUCCAAACUCGCAAAGCGGGCUAUCAAUCUGAAGGUCAACUUUUAUUUUGAGCUUGUGAUGAAGAAUGAUCGCCUGACUCGGAUUUUGGUGCCAGAGAUCCCAGUGAGGAGUUUAAAUUUUAGGAGCUGUUACUUCAGUGAUCCCGACUGGACAAUGAAACCCACCCUGACUGAUCUAAUUCCACAUUACAAGAAUACACUACAGAAAUUGACAUUGGAAUUUAAUAAUAGUCAUGAACGGAUAGAUGAUGAAUUACUGCAACUGGUGUUAAUAUGUGAACGACUGCACUACAUGAAGGUUUGGGCUUUCCUCAGCAUUAAGUUCAUUGAGACAAUGCUACAGUAUCGUCAGGAGGGAAAAUCCAACUUCCGCACCCUUAAGGUGAGAAUCUACAUGCACAAGUAUGAAACAAAUGAAGAAGAUAAACUGCUGCGUAACUUGUACAUGAAGUACCGAGAUCUAAUUGACACAGAACUCAAUUAUUUUGUAAUUACUUACCCCUUGAUGUAAAGGACAGCUCCAUUGAAUGGACAACCCAACUAAGAUACAUUUAAGAAUCAAUAAGUGUAUUUGUCUGCCAGUCAAAUAAAGCCUUCCGAAAAAAAAAGAUACUAUUAGAGAUACUAAUGUGUAGGAAUAACUGGGAAUUAUCUCCUACCAUUUAAAACAUUUGUGUAGAGCCUGACUAUUUCAGUUCUUAUUCCUAACAUGAGAAGCCAGUUGGAACCUAAGACACAAAUCCACUGGCUGUAGAAAAUGACUGGGGAUCUGUAAUUCAUGUUUGAAGUGGUACAGGGACUUUGGUACGAUUCUACAACAAACUGCAGAUUUCACCUUUGUAGAGAUUCAUUCAACAGAAUGGCAAUCCCAGUCUAUGAAACACAAGCUUAUCUUGUGUAUUAUCGACCUAUGUGUUGCUAUUAGCCAGUAGACAACCAAGGCAUUUUUAAUGUAUUAGUGCUAUAAAUAUUUAAAAUGAUUUUCAUUCAAGACUUUUGGCUGUACCAGAUCUGCUGAUUAGAAGAGCUGUAAGCAAAUGCAAUUGGUUAAGAGAGCGGGUAAUUGAAACGUGAUAUAGCAAACAUCUAUAAAACCAAUUGGCAGAUCAGAACCAUAUACGAUGUUACAAUUUUCCAUAUUGCUUUGUACUGUGAAUCUUUUCUAUUUGUGUGUGUGGUUAUAAUAAGUGUCCAAUAUAUGUUAGACCUUGAAGGGCUCCUCAGGCUUCCUUAGCCCUGGCGAGAGACACAUGAUCUAACCAACACAGAGGAGACACUCAGUUCAUAUCAGGGAGUAGCAGGUCAAAAGAAUGUGAGCUAGCAAAGUAUUCCUAACAAUGAGCCUGAUGUAGAAAUGUGCAGAGUUGGUUACUUCCCAAUCAUGCACAGAAAGCAGGGGGGGUCAUCUGCAGGAGCUGGUUCGGGUUGGCAAAUUAGUUGGCAGAGGACAUGCUAUUCAUUAACAGUGCAGACUAGGGAUUACCUGGACACUAUGUAACUGCCGCAUUUAUUCAGCUCAGCUAUUUGGAGGAGGGCACAGUUGAAAAGGUGAAAUGACAUUUUUAAACCAGUCAACAA